UACAGUACACGCCGUGAAAACCAACUGUAAACAAAUGUCAGUCGGUCAUCAAGUAGAUAACACGGGGAUUUGUAUGUCAAAGUUGUCGCGUCAUUGAGUCUCAGCCAUAGGUAUAUACCACCGUAAAAUACGGGGGAAACCAGUAACCGAUCGCGAGUAGUGAUGGUUUUUUAGAUUGAUCGGGAAAGUCUUCAGUAAAACGUUAUACGGGAACGGAGGGUAACUCCGGAUCUAACAUGGAUGCUCGUCCUCAGCAAACGUCUUCUCUCGUUUUCUAUGUGAAUGGGAAAAAGUAAAACAUUAUACGGGAACGAAGGGUAACUCCGGAUCUAACAUGGAUGUUCUUCCUCAGCGAACGUCUUCUCUCGUUUUCUAUGUGAAUGGGAAAAAGGUUGUUGAUCCUGAUCCCGAUCCAGAGACUACUCUUCUUCAGUUUUUACGCACAAAACUACGAUUGACAGGGACAAAGCUCGGCUGUGGGGAGGGAGGAUGUGGUGCGUGCACAGUGAUGGUCUCCGCGUGCGACACUGUUAGCAACCAGGUCAGGCAUUUUUCUGUCAAUGCAUGCUUGGCGCCGAUUUGUUCACUGCACGGUCUAGCCAUUACGACAGUGGAGGGUAUAGGUAGCAUCAAACAUGGACUCCAUCCGGUCCAAGAGAAAAUAGCCAAAGCUCAUGGGUCACAGUGCGGGUUCUGCACCCCUGGAAUCGUCAUGUCCAUGUACACCCUCCUAAGGAAUAUCACCAACCCUAGCAUGAAGGACAUGGAAAGUGCUUUUGAAGGUAAUUUGUGUAGGUGCACAGGUUACAGACCUAUACUUGAAGGGUUUAAGUCCUUCACAAAGGAAGCCUGUGCCCUGGGUACGGCCUGUUGUCGGAACCAGACUAAAUCAAAUGGAGAUAGCAAUUCAGACCGACGGACGGUGAAUGGUUCGGUCGUCAGCACGUGUAAUGGUGACGCUCUGGCAUUGGUUAACGGAAACGGAUUUGUGGAUCACCAGGCGAUGACCAAUGGAGACAACCAGACAACAGACCUCUUGCCAGCAGACUCAACACAAGACCCGAUCUUUCCACCGCAACUUAGGACAAGUGAGUAUGAUGACCAGUUCCUCUACUACAAAGGGGAGAGGGCAGUCUGGUAUAGGCCAACAUCACUGGACCAGCUGCUAGAACUUAAGGCUGUGCACCCAACUGCAAAACUGGUAAUCGGCAACACAGAAAUCGGAGUUGAAAUAAAGUUCAAGAACAUGCAUUACCCUGUAAUGAUUGCGCCUACUCACAUACCAGAGCUACGGAGUGUGGUCACUGUCGGUGAUGGCAUCCUAUUUGGGGCCUCUGUCACUCUCACCCAGCUUAAUGAAACUCUCAACGGUGCUAUAGACACAAUGCCAGAACACAAGACUGGUAUAUUCAAAGCUAUUGUGGAAAUGUUACGCUGGUUCGCGGGUCACCAAAUAAGGAAUGUUGCUGCUAUUGGAGGGAACAUCAUGACUGCCAGUCCGAUCUCCGACCUCAAUCCUCUGUUCAUGGCAGCCGGGGUUAUGUUACAAGUGGCCUCUAAAGGUGAAAGACGGACCAUUAAAAUGGACGAACAUUUCUUCCUUGGCUACCGGAGACCUGCAGUACAUGCUGAUGAAGUGUUGGUGUCAUUGACGAUCCCAUUUACACAGGAGGUCAGUCUAGUGAUAUUGUUUACGUGAUCCGGAAUCUAUUUAAUCUUCUAGCUUGCUAUUCUCCAUGAUUCCUGAUGUCGAUCAUUCAUCUUAAUGGCGUGAUCAUUUAUCAGAGUAAAAGGUGAUAUAAAAUAUGUGAUGAUAAGUCACAUUUGAUAUAAAGUUAAAAAAAUACUUUUAAGAAGCCUUUCUUUAAUUACUUUAUACAAAUCUCCCGUCUUCAUA